UUUUUUUUUUUUUUGUCGUUGGCGCUUGCAUCAUCCUUCUGGAUGUCGCUGACGGAACGGUCCCGACGGCCGAACGCCACCGCCACACGCUCCACGCCGCUAUGGGAGGAGUAGUUUCUCUCCAUGAGCCGGCCCCCAUGCAUGGAUGCUGCUAACCUCUGGUUCAGUUUUACUGUAUCGUAUAGUAUACUACUACCUGAAUCUGAAUUAGCGCGCACCAUUGUGAUUGUGAGUGAGUGAUGGAUCAACCAAGAAUAGGCCAAUACGAUUCGGCUAGCUAGCUACCACCACCAGCAGCAGCAGCAGCAGGAAGCCACCCAACGCACGCGCACGGCAUUGCUGCUGGAUCAGCCAACCUAGCUACGCGAGUAGUGGCCGUCCUCCUGAAUUCCCAUGGACGGCGACGGCAGCAAACCACGCGGCGGAAAUAAGGCUGCACGGCCCGCGCCAGCCCCCGAUGCCACGCAGCAGCCAGCGUCAUCCGCCGCGGCCGGCGCUGGCGAGAAGGUCGAUGACGGCCGCCAGCAGCCCGUGGCGCCAGUGGACGAGAGCCGCCGCGCUGCGGGCGGCGCCGAGCCGGAGGAGGAGGAGGGGGGCAACCGCAACGACGACGCGCAGGUGGAGAUGUUCUACGCGCUGCUGGCCAACAUCCGGGCAAUGAGGAGGGGCCUGCCGCCGCACGACGUGGCGGCCUCCUCGUCCGUGCGCGGAGGCGGCGGCGACACCGGCGACGACGCCGUACUGGACUCUGCGAGGGAGAAGCGGCUGCGCCUGAGCGCGGACCCGCCGUGGCGACCGGCGUUCAGGAUGGAGGACUUCGAGGAGCCCGCUCCGGCGGCGUGCGAGACGAGGAAGCGGACGAGGGGCACGGGCCACGACGGCCACGGCGACGGCGCGAGCAGCGGGCACGAAUAGACAUAGACCACGUCGUUGCCGCACGAGGCGGUACAGCGAGUCCAACAGUCCGACAGUCCGAUAGCAGGAGGCAGGAGCAGCAGAGACUGGCCGCCGUCCGUCCGGUUGAUCGGUCCCGGUGUGCGAGCUUUCCUUUCUUUCUCGCUGUUGCUGCGCGGUGUACAAUAAAUCAAUAAUACAUUGGCGCCGUCGAACGCACUCGCGCAAGCGCGACAGCUGGUCAGUUUCAAGAAACAAGAGAAAUUGGGACGUGCUGUCGUCUGCUUGCUGCUACGUGCUAGUCGCGGCGAUGCGAAGCCAACCACCGACACGGCGACUGAGACCGUGCAGACUGCAGAGGCACCGGUAAACCAUGUCGGUGGGGUUCACGCGUGCAGUGCAGUAAUAAUCUAUCUAUCUCUUCAUGCCAUUCGCGUCACCUUUUCAGUUGUUCCGCGCUAUAUAAUAGUAGUAAGCUUUAGAUCUGUCAGUCACGAGAAAAGCCUUUCUCAACAGCUGCUAUCGUCCUUUCA